AUUUAAAUAUUACUUUUGCGAUUUCUGUGCUACACUCUUUGUGACCUUUCAAUUUUGUUAUUUAUUUAUUUUUUGAGAGAAACGGGAAUUAUUAUUAUUGUUAUUAUUAUAGCUGUAAUAUAUGAGUAUUUUAAGAGGCUUAGCAUCGUGAAAAUGGUGCAAUGGAAAGAGAUAAUCGAACAGAACUCAAUAGAGGUGAAACCACAACUCGCAGUCUGGCACAUGUUCGUCCUAUGGACCCCAGGCAUAGCACACCAAUAAAAAAGCAGGUUGCUCCGCAGGCCGAUGAUAGUGUCUCCACACCAGCUCUGCUCGCUGAAGUGAGACAGCCACAGAGGCAAACGGCAAGCCCUGACAGCUCGGUGGCAUCUGGGCUCAGCAGACAACGUGGCCAGCAGGUGGUGGACAGCCUGGUCCAGAAGCAGCGGCGUGAGCUGCAGCUGCUCGUCGCCGAACUGAAGGACCGCGACCGCGAGCUGAACGACAUGGUGGCGGCCCACCAGAAGCAGCUGCAGGCCUGGGAGGCAGAUCGGCAGAGGGUGCUGACCCUCGAGCUGAAGUGCUCCAGCCUGGAAGGCCAGCUGCGGAAAUGCAAUGUGGUCAUCCAGGCCCUCACCAAGCGGGUGCGCAUUGCGGAGGCACGCCAGCAGGACGGCCAGCGGGCACUGGAGGGCAGCCGACACGAGCUCUGCCAGCUUGGGCAGCAGCAGCAGCACUUAGCCAGCCAGUGCGAGGAGCUGCAGGAGAGGAACCAGACUCUGAACUCCACAGUGCUCAAGCUCUCCUCCCAAGUGGGUCAGCUUCAGGCUCGAGAAGAGGAACUGAAGGCCAUGCUUAAGCUGAAGGACACAGACAUGACCGGGGCGACCAGCCGCAUCCUGGAGCUCACAGGUGGCUUCCGCAUGCUGGAGGCCGCUCUGGAGGAGUGCCGCUCGCGGGAGGCCAAGGCGCUGAUGGAGGCAGAGAAACAGAGAUGCUGUCACAGGGAGGCCAAAAACGAGUGCCUCCGGCUCCGGGAAGAGCUGCGGGAGAAGAUCUCAGAGGGAGACACGCAAGGAGAAGAGCUGUCCCGUCUCAGACGAGAUGGCGAGCUGCUGAGGAGCCAGCUAGGUCUGCUAGGGGAAGAGGAACGUAGGAAGGAAGAGCUUCUAGAGUUAGCAAGGUCCAAGAAGGAGCGCACAGAGACACAGCUGCGCUGCCUGCGCCAGAUUUGUGAAAAUCAACAGAAUGACUUACAGCUUCUUCAGCUGAACCUGGACUCGGCUCAGGAGGCUUUGCGACACCAGGAACAUGUGGGCCCGCCGGAGAGGAUAUGUUCUGCCUUCUGACAACACAGGAAUGCUUGUGGUAUGUACCAGUGACCUUUAGCACCUGCCCAUUCCUAUUUUUGAUGUAGAUACUCUAGUACUCUUGGUAUUGUGUAUUCUCAUUGACUGUGUCACAACUGUCAUGCAGAGAUAGCAGAAAAUGAAAAUGUUUUGUUCUAUAGAAAAUUGUCUUAUCAAGUAGAGAAUUGCAUACAUCAUAUGAUACUAAAGCUACAAAAUUCUCUGUAUUGAGACCAGUACAAACCCUUGAAAAACAUUCCAAACGUUAUGUACAUUCUUUCAUGGGGGGUGGCUUUUAAUGGAUGGUUCUGAAUUUAACAUUUCUCAAAGUAUGGCAUGUAAUGGGCAUAUUUUUGAGAGUUGUUAAGGAUGUGAAGGAACUUUUUUUCUGCCACAUGGCAAAGAUACUAAUGUCUCUGCAAAACUUUGAGGAUAUAAGAAGAGACUCUUUAGAAGUUGCUUCCACUCAGACUCAUUCCACUCAGUGGCAGGAGACUUGGGAAGGUUGAAGGGCAUCUUGUCAGCUGAGGCAGCUUUCCGUGCCUCAGCUGUGCCUCAGCUUGGCAGAGAGACCCUUCUGCAGAGGCAGGGAAGAACAGGCCACAUGUAGCCUUGCAGAGCACAGACUUUUCUAAACCUGUUUCCUGCCAGGGAGCGGAAAGGUCAGAAGGACAGGCCUUUUCUGCUGGUUAUUCGCUCGACGUUGAAUGUCCAUAGGUGACACCCCCUCCGAUUUGUGCUGAUUAAGAAAGCUGUCAUGGAGAGCCAGGUCAUGCACCAAGGUGGGUGUGGAUGAGCUACCUUGAAGUGACUCUGAGUCUCACUGGAGUGCCGACUUUCAGGGUCAGGAAGGCAGACCUCGGUUCUGUUAUUAGGGUUGAGUGAGCGUUCUGGAGGCAGGGCUGCCACCCAGCAACCCCAGCUGACAAUCACAGGCCUCUAAAGCACACUCUGACAGAAGAACCAAACUUUGAACCCCACUGAGAGUUCACCUGUAGACCCCCAUCUUCCUGAAAUGCAGAGGAGAGAAAGGACAGAGAGCCUGGCUGUCUGUGCCAGGGAUAGGAGGACAGAGCCUGGCCACUGAUGCUCUUUGGGAAAUCUAAGCUCUGACUUAAUGUGUACAGCAACUAUAAUAGUAUUAACUGCCAUUUCUUGGGCUUUAAAAAAUGUAUGAAUAGAUAUUACAAAAUUAUAAACAUGUCUUUAAUAUAGAAUGUAUAGUAUUGUGCAAAAAAUCUAAGAAAAUGUUUAAGGCUAUAUAUCUGGGUAGUAAAUAGCUUUCAGUCCAAAAAACAUUUUACCUUUAUAACAUGUGCAAAUCAACAGUAACUGAAGGAAAAAAUAGAAAAUAAUUUAUUGUUUUCCAGAAGGUUACUGAUAUCUUGUUGGAUGGUUAGAUGAACACUUGCUUUGGUUCCCAAACCUCUCCUCAAAGGCACCUCAACCGUUCCAUGUGUUAAUUAAAUUUCACUACUGUCUCGAUUAAUUAAUUAAGUUAAUUAACUUAGCAAGGUUUUGAUUAGUCAAACGAAGUAGGGUAGUGGUCCAGUCAGAAAAUACAUUGGUGUGUUGUAAUGUUGCUGCAAAUAUAGGAGAUUAGGAGAGGUACUGAAGUGGCUAAGCUAAUACACUUUGACAGACAUCAUAGCUUUACGCCAACUGGAAGAUCAUUUAAGCAUCAUUUUCAUUGACUGCCUAAGACCUUUCCAGUGUAGUGUCCCAAAACGUUUGUAUCUACAUAGCCAUGUGUACACACAAACACUGAAGAGCAAUGCCUCAACGAAUCACGACAAAUAAGCACAGUCACCUGACUCUCCCUUCUGAGACAGCCCAGCGCCCACCAGCCCCCAUGCUCCAAUGCACAGAAGGAUUAUUUUAAUGUGCAGGAGUCAGGCAUCUUCCCUGGAUCCUGGUUCCGCAUAAGGAGCAGUCUUUCUGCAUUGCUAUAAA